AAAAGAUAUUUAUUUGACUUAAAUAUAAAAUGAAAGGAGAUUAUAAUUUUUUUUCAGAUAAAAAGGAUGAUCCUUUAGAUGCAGUAUGUCCAAAAUUAUCAUAUCAAUAAAGAUUAUAUGGAUUCUUAAUAUGUAGUGGAAUAGGUAACAAUAUAUUUGAUUAUAUAAAAUAUAGGUUGGUUUUUAGAAUUUUGUGCAUUUAUUUCAUUUUUUUAAGGAAAUAUCAAAGAAUUUGCGAUAAUAUUUUCAAUAGGAAAUUUAGUUGCAAUAACAAGGUAUGAAUUAGCAUUUUGAAUAGUAUAGUACAUUGUUUUUAUCAGGUCCAAAAGAACAAUGUAAAAGGAUGGCUGAUAAAAGUAGAUUAAUUGCUACAAUAAUAUUCUUUUCAACAUUGAUAGUAACACUUGUAUUAGCUUUGGCAACUGAUUAAAAAUUCUUAACUCUACUAAUGACAUUAGUAUAAUUUUGUGCAUAUGUUUGGUAAUUUAUAAUAAUUUACAAUAUAGGUAUGUGUUGAGUUUCAUUCCAUUUGGUUAGAAAAUAUUGAAAAAAUUCUUUUCUGGAUGUUGUGAAUUAGAAUGAAGCUUUUAUAGAAAAUAUAUAUUGUUAAUUAUUAU